AAGGAUGGAUGGAUAAAUAGGUGGAAACUAUGAAAACAUUUUAAAUCCCCGUUGUAGGGGCCGGGCCUUUUUUGUCUUUUGGUCCAACACAUUGUGUUUCCACAUCACCCCUCCCAAGCUGCUGCGACAUGGCGGACUCCUCGGACUUCACAGGUUCUCCAUGGGGAAACCACAGCGUCUCCUUAAACGCGACGGCUGCCACCAACGGCUCCGCUUUCCAUGACCCAAUGUCGCCGGAGAUGAAUAAAGUCAUCAACGUACUCCUGCUAGUCGUCGUUUUCAUUACCAUGGUUUCCCUGGGAUGCACCAUGGAGGUGUCUAGGAUCAAGCGCCACAUACUGAGACCUAAAGGGCUCAUCAUAGCAGUGGUGUCCCAGUAUGUUGUCAUGCCACUAGUAGCAUUUUGUCUAGUUCAGGCGUUCCAGCUAACUGAAAUCAGGGCGGUGGUGGUUCUGAUCUGCGGCUGCUGUCCUGGAGGGAACCUCUCCAACAUCCUGGCCCUGGCUCUGCAGGGAGACAUGAACCUCAGCAUUUUGAUGACAACCUGCUCCACGUUGUUGGCAUUCGGCACGAUGCCGCUGCUGCUCUCCAUCUACUGUCGAGGCUUCGACCUGCACGCCGCCAUCCCCUACGGCGAGAUCAGCAUAUCGCUGGUCAUGACCCUCAUACCCUGCGGCAUCGGCGUCCUCGUCAACUACUACAGGCCAAAGUACGCUAAGAUCAUCACAAAGGUGGGCCUCUCUUUCACAAUGAUAGCUGUGGUGAGCAUCAUCAUCAUGACCUCCUACACCAACGGGGGCUCAAUCCUGACGGUGCUCUCCGGUCCCCUCAUGGCCAUCAGCGCUCUCAUGCCCUUCAUCGGCUACGCCUUUGGAUACUUCAUCUCCUGGCCUUUCAAACUAAACCAAUCGGAGAUGAGGACAGUUUCCAUGGAAACAGGCUGCCAGAACACCCAGCUGUGCACCACCAUCCUGAAGCUGGCCUUUCCCCGGGAGCUGGUUGGCACCCUGUUCCUGUUCCCCAUGGUCUACGGGUUUUUCCAGGGGAUGGAGGCGGCGCUGCUCAUCUUGGUGUUCAGGUGUCACCAAGGAUUCACGCUCAAAAAGAAAGAGAAAUACCAGACUGCCAACACUGAAGACCGGCUGAAGGACGCCUCUGAGGGGGACAGCAUGACAGAAGCACCUAAACUCACCAACGCCGCCACUUCCUGAACAGAAAGACUCUAGGAACAGACAGCCGGGGACCUUUCAGGCCAAGUCCUUUUUUAUAUUGAGAUGUUUUGUGAAACCCAAUUUGAACUUUAUAUUGUUUGCAAUAAAAAGCCUGUAUGAACUAGAUGUAGACGUAAAAGGUCAACAUAA